AUGGGCCCGUAUGUGCCGCCAGGCCAGUCGCCGCCCUUCGAGGUCGUCGAUGACUUGCACCAUGGCGCGUGGGUGAUUAUCACUGCCGCAAUGGGACUCGUUAUGUCCCUGGCGUGUUUCUUGAUCCGGCUCUAUGUGCGACUCAUGCUGAUUCCGCCGUUUGCGCGCGAUGAUUGGGUUUUGUUAGGUGCCACAGCUGUUGCUGUGGUGCAAUCAAGCCUCAUCUUCUAUGCAUGCUCGCGCGGAUUCGGAACUUCUAUAUCGUUAUUGAAGGAUGGUCGACUCGAUCAGAUUCAGGCUUUAAUUGCAACAAGCGAUAUCAUCGCGCUAAUAAUCAUUUACCUCUCCAAAUGCUGCGUCGUGGCUAUCUACCUCCGCCUCACGCCCCAGAAACCACAUAAUCGCGCAUCCUGGGCAACACUAGCUCUCUGCACGGUCUGGAUCAUCCCGGCUAUAUUCAUUGUCUUAGUCAACUGUGAACUAAACACACCUUGGCGAAACGACAGCGGCCAAUGCCAUAACUUGUACAUACGAUGGCAAUUCAUCGCAGCAGUCGACGUCACAACCGAACUCCUCCUUUUCCUCCUAGCUGUGAUGCUCUUGAAAGGUCUCUUCAUGUCCGUUCGCCGCAAACUAGCCGUCGGCUUUGCAUUUAUAUUCCGUUUCCCCCUUAUAAUCUUCUCCUUGAUUCACAUCUCAACCCUCCACACCGCUCUAAAUAACGAAGACACAACCCUCGCCGCUGUCAGACCAACAGUCUGGAUGCAAGUCGAGCUCCACUACGCCCUGGUCGCAUGCAGCGUAUUCUGCCUCCGGCCCUUCAUGGCAGCAGUCAGCACGAACUACGGUACAGCGGGUGACUCGACCCUGGAAUCUAGCGCGUCAAGAUCAAACGGCACGAAAGAUGGCUCGAAGACCGCGUCUGGGUCGGGGUCAGGCACGAGAUCGAGACCAAAUGCCGUUUCAAGGUCCAUGUCGCAUUCUCGCAUACAGAGAAAAAUAGCAAGUACCGGGUCAUGGCCAUCGGUUACUCCAGCUUUCAAUGGUUCAGGCUCUGGGUCGCGACAGUCAAAGACCCAAGGACCGAGUAAGGGUCCUUCAAGUCUUGAUACCACCCUCCAUGCGCACGGAGCGAUUAUAGAUAAUCGAAGCAAUGGGGAUAGGCCUGCUACGAUACUUACACCAAGGAGUCGGUCGAUGUUCCCGCUCAGUCCGCCGCGCAAGAAGCAGAGCUUCCAGAGAAUGGAAAAGGGGAAGAAAGGUGUGAGGGCUGGGUCUGUGGGGUCGUUUGCAAUGGCAUCAGAUUUGAUUGAACUCGUGCCGAGGUCGCAUACUAGACAUGCGAGUGUUGUGACUGAGCAAGGGGAUGGGGAGGAUAAGAUGGUAAUCCAUAAGGAGGUCCGGUACUCCAUACAAUAUGAGGAUGAAGCGGAGCUGAGGAGGCGGGAGGAUGAGGAUUUGAAGGUGAAUUCUGUUGAUGUCUCUGCUUAUGUAUAA